GAACAGAUGAAACUGACACAGCGUUAGUAGAAAGGACUGUUAACUAGGUGUAUAGGUUUUAUGUAGAUGGUUGAAUUUGCGUGAAAGGCACACACCAAGCUGUCGAAGCUUCCAGCAAUGGAGAGCCUGGAGACAUGGUUUCGGAGAGAGGUAUAUCACUGGAGGAUAGGAGCCAGUGUGGUGUGGACUGUACUGAGUGUGCCUGCAUUUUUUACGGUGUACUUGCUGAUGGCCUGUUUUGUACCUCUUCACCCAAUCCAGUGGAUAUCAGACGUCGUUUUUAAUUUGACGAGUUUAUCAUUCUGGGGUACCAUGGUGACUGUGAUGAUCAUUUUAGGGGGUGUGUCUGUGUAUAACUCCACCCACUUUACAGUGGUUGCAGACGUCCCCCUGACCCGCCUGGCUGCCCUGGGGAGACUGGUAAAGGUACCAAGCAUUCUCCAUGGAGCUGUGUUUUCACUGGCCAGUGGCAUGAUAGCCUGGUCUUGUACUGGACUUAUAGGCGACACCUAUGGCAAGCUCUCUGAGAAAUGCUCAGAAGAAAGCGAGAAGAAUUGCUUUAAUGAAAAGCAUGUCUUUGUGGUUUGUCAUGGCCUACUUGUUGGUUUCAUGUUUCAUCUACUCUUUCGGCUCCAGCAGGAAAACUUCGUACAGUUCCCAUUAUUACAGCAGGCCAAGUUUUUUCAAGUGAAGAGCAACCUUUGGCCUAUGAUGGAGAAGUCCUUGUUAUUCAACCUCAAAUUUGUCAACGUGUUGUUUUAUUUGCUGUACUUCCUACUGGGCCAUAUUCCAAGACACUGGUUUUUAAGAAAUCUGUAUUUGGAGGCAAGACCGGAGCCCGCCCUCAACACCAUAUUUGGUAUGAUGGACUUGGGGUUGUUAUGGCAGGUGACAUUGAGUGGCACAUUGGUCCAUGCCCUCUUAUCCUAUGCCACCUUCCUAUUCAAAGUCUACAAUACUGAGCCAUUUGUAUUUCCAGUAGAGACUAUGUAUGAAGAGUACAAGAACAAAUGUCUGCACAAUGCCUUGGGGUGUUCCCAGUUUCCACUAGUAAAGUAUUUAGGAUUUCUGGAUUUACAUCUGCUGACAAAGCACACCCCCAACAGGAGGAGACAACUCUUUACUCUAAGCCAGCCAGGGGGUCACCCUCACAACUGGAACAGUGUGUACCGAGCCUGUAUCCUAGAGAUUGACAGCCUCACCAAAAGCCUGGAGGAAAAUAACUGGAAGGCCUUUGCUGCUCCUCCUCUGAACAACUCAAGUGGAGAUAACUCUUCCAAGGGAGCUCUUGGGGUCAGCAGUCUAACCUUUAGAGGAUCUGGGCCCUCUGUCACAGAUACUUCUUCCAUUAAACAGCAACAGAAUCCCCCCCAAGAAGAUCCGCUGAAAAAGUUGUUUGAUACUCUUAAAAAGAAGCCAGUGUUGAAGUACAUGUUAGGUGAUUUGCCCGAGGCUUCUGCACACAGGCUCUUCUCCACAGCUCAAACCCAGAUCUGGGCCAUACAGGCACUGGCAGCUAUUGUAGCCAAUUCGUACUCAGAAGAUUUGUAUGGUGUCGUCCAGAAGUCCCUUCCAGACAUUCUUCGCUCUCUGCUCAACUUACAAGAGAAUGUAGAAAAGCACUUUAAGCUGGCGCCUGUGGUUGGAAGACGUGCGCAGAACUCGUGUGCGCCCAGUGACAUUGGACUGAGGCACUCCCUGAGGACAUCCCUCAAGAUGAGCUUAUAUAGAAUUAUCAACACUUUUGGAAGUCAUUUAAGUGAAAUAAAGCUGGCACCAGAGCAUGGCAAGAGACUCAAGUUUUUCAUGGAUUACAAAGAGUAAACGGUGCAGUGGCAUGACAGAAUUUCAGCUACCCUGGACGUGUGAUUCAGCCUGACAUAAUCAGUCUGUCUGGACACUGGUAUCCACCAUGGAUGUGCGACUGCUACAUUCUGCCUUAUGAUUUUGGCUAAAGACAUAAUUCAUUGUUGAUAUCCAAAACUGUGUUGUUACAAACAUCUGGACUUUAAUGGGGAUGCCAGGCAGUAGGAUCUUGACGCCAUUGUAUUGACGUCAAACGUUUGUUUCCUAGCACAUUAUUAUGGUGUCAGAAUGAAGAUAGAAUGACCUUACAAUAGAAACCACAUUGUAACAUUGUGGACGCUGUGCUAAAAUCCUGUUUUGAUGUAACAAUUGCUCCAGGUCCUGCUUCAAACUAGCGCCACCUCACAGGAUUAAACAACAUGCUGCCUCGCCAUUACUGGUGAUUGAUUGAUUUACGUAAACCCAGGUGGUAAUACAGGUACAGAAGAUGGGAGAUCAUCGGCUUUGUUUUGGUUAGUAAGAUAAGGCAUAGCAGGUUGAGCACAGAAUUCGACACACCUAUGUAUAAACUCCUGCAAUGGUUUUAGGUAGGGUGAAUGAUGUUAGGUUUCUCUACAAAGUGUGACGAUAGAGCAAAGCAGGUGGGGAUUAUGUAGACCGUUAACAAAACCAUCUCCUGCCACUCUGUCCAGACCUCCACUACAUUCUUUUUAAGUAUUACAGUAUAUUACAAAAAUAUUAGUGUUGGUCUUGCAUUUUGUGGUUUCUCCUCAUGAAACCUCAUGCAUUCCAAGUAUUAGACUUGGACUAAAAACAACCUGUUUGUUUAUAUUUCAAAGUAUCUGAAACCUUUAUAGUGAGUCUCGGUCUCAAACCAUGUAAUGUGUGUAUUAAACACUUCUACAAGUAGGCGGUUUUAGGUUCCUCUCUGAGUGUAAUGACCGGCUCUGGUCUGGGCAAGCUUGGGUUUGGCAACUGUGAUGCCAUGUCUGAUGUGUGCUGCUUAAUAAAAAAUGAAGGUGCAAUGCGCAUGAUUUAAUACUGUGCCUUCUGCAGUAUUUGCAUUAUGGUGCUAUUUAAGGUGUAAAAAUUUACACAUGUGAAAAUACCACGUAGUGGUUCUGUUUUUAUAGCAUUGCAAAACAGAACGAAAACAGUGCCACAUAAAUGAAUUAAAUUAUUUACAUAGACUGUACAAAAAAAGAAAAAAAAAGUCAAGCUUCAUCUUGUUGACUUGUCAUGGAGGCAGUUACAAAAUUCUCUUUGUGCUGCAUCACAUAAUCACUGAUCAAGAACUGAACCCUUCACUUCACAACCUAUUUUUAUGGUGUUUCUCAAAAUAAACUCAGUUUAACAAUC